GCGCGGCGGCUCCGCCCCCGCCACACCCGCAGCGGCAGGAAGGGGAACGGCCGCAGCCGCGCCCAGCUCCCGGCCGGCCCCGGCCCAGCGCAGCGCCAUGGCGGCGGAGGAGGCGGUGGACGGGCUGGCCAUGUCCCGGCCCCACUAUGGCUCUGUCUUGGAUAAUGAGAGGUUAACAGCAGAGGAAAUGGAUGAAAGAAGACGCCAGAAUGUUGCCUAUGAAUACCUUUGUCAUCUGGAGGAAGCAAAGAGAUGGAUGGAGGCCUGUCUGAGUGAGGAGCUGCCUCCCACAACAGAGCUGGAAGAAGGAUUGAGAAAUGGAGUCUACCUGGCCAAACUUGGAAACUUCUUCUCCCCUAAAGUAGUUUCUGUGAAGAAAAUCUAUGAUAGGGAACAAACUAGAUACAAGGCAACUGGUCUCCACUUCCGGCACACAGAUAACGUAAUCCAGUGGCUGAAUGCCAUGGCUGAGAUUGGUCUCCCCAAGAUAUUCUACCCAGAAACUACAGAUAUCUAUGAUCGCAAGAACAUGCCACGCUGUAUCUAUUGUAUUCAUGCACUCAGCCUGUACCUGUUCAAACUGGGUCUUGCCCCUCAGAUUCAGGAUUUAUAUGGGAAGGUGGACUUCACAGAGGAGGAAAUCAGUAACAUGAGGCUUGAACUGGAGAAGUAUGGUAUUCAGAUGCCUGCCUUCAGCAAGAUUGGUGGAAUUCUUGCAAAUGAACUUUCUGUGGACGAAGCAGCAUUACAUGCUGCUGUCAUUGCCAUUAAUGAAGCAAUCGACCAUCAGGUUCCAGCUGACACUCUCAUGGCCAUGAAGAACCCUAAUGCCAUGCUAAUAAAUCUUGAUGAUCAACUGGAAUCCACUUACCAAGACACACUCUACAGAGCAAAGCAAGACAAGAUGGAGAAUGCUAAAAACAGGAUUGCCUCUGAAAAUUCAGAGAGAGAGAGAGAUGUGUAUGAGGAACUUUUGACUCAAGCUGAAAUUCAGGGAAACAUCAAUAAAGUGAACACACAUGCAGCCAUAUCAAAGAUUGACCUAGCUUUGGAACAAGGAGAUGCAUUAGCACUGUAUGAAGCUAUGGCAACGCCAGCCCUGGGACUCCGAGGAUUGCUACGUGAAAAUUGUGACUGGUAUUUCAAGCAGUUUUUGAGUGACAGACAACAGAAACAGGAGGCUGGCCUUACAGGUCCUCUGCAGAAGGAAGAGUUGCAGCUGGGAGUGGAUGCUGCUAACAGGGCAGCGCAACAGUAUCAGCAAAGGCUGGCAGCAGUAGCCAGAAUUAAUUCUGCAAUUCGAAUGGGUGAUGCUGAGAAGACUGUGGCAGAACUGAUGAAUCCAGAGGCCCAGUUACCAGAGGUUUAUGUAUUUGCUGCAGACCUUUACCAAAGGGAGCUGGCCACCUUGCAGCAGCAGAGCCCUGAAGGUAACCUCACCCAUCCAGAAUUAUCUGUUGCUGUAGAGAUGCUGUCUUCUGUGGCCCUGAUUAAUAGGGCUUUGGAUUCAGGGGAUGUGAAUACAGUGUGGAAACAGCUGAGCAGUCCUGUCACAGGGCUUACAAACAUUGAGGAUGAGAACUCUCAGAGAUACAUCGAUGAUUUGAUGAAGCUGAAAGCUCAAGCACGUGCAGAAGGAAAUGAAUUCAUCACAUGGAAUGAUAUCCAGUCAUGUGUUGAUCGUGUGAACAUAGCUGUGCAUGAAGAACAUGAAAGGAUUUUGGCAAUUGGUCUUAUCAAUGAAGCUCUGGAUGAAGGGGACAGCAAAAAGACUAUUCAAGCCUUGCAGAUUCCUGCAGCAAAAUUGGAGGGUGUAGCCCCAAAGGUAGCACAGCAUUACCAGGAUACACUACUUCGAGCCAAGCGAGAGAAAGCACAGGACACACAGGAUGAAACAGCUGUGCUUUGGCUAGAUGAAAUUCAGGAUGGGAUUCAUAGGGCUAACAAGGACACAGAGGAGUCGGAGAGAUUCUCCUUAGGAAUUCUGGCCAUUAACGAAGCAGUAGACCAUGGUGUUGUUAGCCAGACCCUGAGUGCCUUGCGUUCACCUGAUGUUGGGCUGUAUGGAGUCACUCCAGAAUGUGCCGAGACGUAUCAGCGAGAGCUGUCAGAAGUCAAGAGAAGAAAAAUGGCAGCAGGGGGCAACGGCAGUGAAUGGGUGAAACACUGGGUGAGAGGAGGCUAUCAUUAUUAUCAUAACCUGCGGACCAAAGAGGGAGGAUGGGAUGAACCAGCGGAAUUUGUGCAAAAUGAUACACAGCUGUCACGGGAGGAGAUACAGAGCACCAUAUCUGGAGUCACUGCAGCAUACAACCGAGAGCAGCUCUGGCUGGCCAAUGAGAACCUAAUUACGAAGCUUCAGGCUUGCUGUCGAGGAUAUCUUGUUCGCCAGGAAUUCAACUCAAGAAUGAAUUUUUUGAAGAAACAAGUCCCAGCAAUUACUUGCAUUCAGUCCCAGUGGCGUGGCUACAAGCAGAGGAAGGCAUAUCAAAUCCGUUUGGAUUACCUGCGAGCGCAAAAGGAUCAAGUAGUGAAGAUUCAAUCAAUGACGAGGAUGUAUCAAGCCAGAAGACGUUACAGAGAUCGCCUGCAGUAUUUCAGAAACCAUAUAAAUGAUGUUAUAAAAAUUCAAGCCUUUAUCCGAGCAAACAAAGCACGAGAAGACUAUAAAACCCUCAUUAAUGCUGAAAACCCACCUAUGGCUGUAGUUCGGAAAUUUGUCCACUUGCUCGAUCAGAGUGACCAAGAUUUUCAGGAGGAGCUUGAGCUAAUGAAACUGCGUGAGGAAGUUGUAACCUUGAUCCGAUCCAAUCAGCAACUGGAAAAUGACCUCAAUCUCAUGGACAUCAAAAUUGGUCUCCUGGUGAAAAACAAAAUUACAUUGCAGGAUGUCGUUUCUCACAGCAAAAAGCUUACCAAGAAGAACAAGGAACAGCUGUCUGACAUGAUGAUGCUGAACAAACAAAGGGGAGGUUUGAAAGCUUUGAGCAAAGAGAAGAGAGAAAAGCUGGAAGCCUAUCAGCAUCUCUUCUACUUACUUCAGACUAACCCAACGUACUUGGCCAAGCUGAUCUUUCAGAUGCCUCAAAACAAAUCCACAAAGUUCAUGGAUUCCGUCAUCUUCACGCUGUAUAAUUAUGCUUCCAAUCAAAGAGAGGAAUACCUGUUGUUGCGGCUUUUUCAAACAGCAUUGCAGGAAGAGAUCAAAUCAAAAGUAGACCAAAUACAGGAAAUUGUGACUGGGAAUCCUACUGUUAUUAAAAUGGUGGUAAGUUUCAACCGUGGUGCCCGUGGUCAGAAUGCUCUGAGGCAAAUCUUGGCACCAGUUGUGAAGGAAAUCAUCGAUGACAAAUCACUCAAUAUCAAAACUGACCCAGUGGAUAUUUACAAGUCUUGGGUUAACCAGAUGGAGUCUCAAACUGGCGAGGCCAGCAAACUGCCCUACGACGUUACACCUGAACAAGCUCUAAAUCACGAAGAAGUGAGGACGCGCCUGGAUGCCUCAAUCAGAAACAUGAGGACAGUGACAGACAAGUUCCUGUCUGCCAUUGUUAGUUCAGUGGACAAAAUCCCUUAUGGAAUGCGUUUCAUUGCCAAGGUACUAAAAGACUCCCUGCAUGACAAGUUCCCUGAUGCUGGUGAGGAUGAGCUGCUGAAGAUUGUUGGCAACUUACUGUAUUAUCGCUACAUGAAUCCAGCCAUUGUCGCACCAGAUGCGUUUGACAUCAUCGAUCUCUCAGCUGGAGGCCAGCUGACCACGGACCAGCGCCGAAACCUUGGCUCCAUUGCAAAGAUGUUGCAGCACGCGGCGUCCAAUAAGAUGUUCAUGGGAGACAACGCGCACUUAAGCAUCAUUAAUGAAUACCUAUCGCAGUCAUACCAGAAAUUCAGACGUUUUUUUCAGGCUGCCUGUGAGGUUCCUGAAUUGCAGGAUAAAUUUAAUAUUGAUGAAUAUUCUGACUUGGUGACUCUCACUAAACCAGUUAUUUAUAUUUCUAUUGGUGAAAUCAUCAAUACACACACUUUGCUCUUAGACCAUCAAGAUGCAAUUGCUCCUGAGCACAACGAUCCAAUUCACGAGCUGCUGGAUGAUCUUGGAGAGGUUCCUACGAUUGAGUCCUUAAUAGGGGAAGGGUCUGGCAAUGUUAAUGACCCCAACAGGGAAAUGCUAGCAAAGACUGAGGUUUCUCUCACACUGACUAAUAAAUUUGAUGUUCCUGGUGAUGAGAAUGCAGAGAUGGAUGCGAGGACAAUUCUGUUGAACACAAAACGUUUAAUUGUUGAUGUAAUCCGCUUCCAACCAGGGGAGACACUGUCUGAAAUCUUGGAAACUCCAGCUACCUCGGAGCAAGAAGUGGAGCAUCAAAGAGCAAUGCAGAAACGAGCCAUUCGAGAUGCUAAAACUCCCGAUAAGAUGAAAAAAUCUGUGUCUGUAAAGGAAGAUGGCAACUUAAAUCUUCAAGAAAAAAAAGAUAAAAUCAAGAUAGGCCUGAAAAAGUUGACAGAACUGGGGACAGUGAAUGCCAAAAAUAAAUACCAGGAGCUAAUCAAUGACAUCGCGAAGGAUAUCCGAAAUCAGCGUAGAUACCGUCAGAGAAGAAAGGCGGAGCUGGUGAAGCUGCAGCAGACGUACAGUGCCUUGAACUCCAAAGCUACUUUUUAUGGGGAACAAGUGGAUUAUUACAAAAGCUACAUCAAAACCUGCUUGGAUAACCUGGCCAGCAAGGGCAAAGUGUCUAAGAAACCUCGGGAGAUGAAAGGCAAAAACAGUAAAAAGAUUUCUCUAAAAUAUACAGCAGCUCGACUCCAUGAGAAGGGAGUGCUUUUAGAGAUUGAAGACCUGCAAAGUAACCAGUUUAAAAACGUGAUAUUUGAAAUCAGUCCAACAGAAGAAGUAGGAGAUUUCGAGGUAAAAGCAAAGUUCAUGGGAGUACAGAUGGAAACCUUUAUGUUACAUUAUCAGGAUCUUUUGCAGCUGCAGUAUGAAGGCGUCGCAGUCAUGAAGUUGUUUGACAGAGCAAAAGUGAAUGUCAACCUUCUGAUCUUUCUUCUGAAUAAGAAGUUUUAUGGGAAGUAACCAACCUCUGCCAGCCAGUCUGUGAGAGGGGAGAUGAAUAGAAACCCGCACAUACAACUUCUAAUGACGUAGCUAUGUAUCAGUAUAUGCCUAUGCUGUGCUAAAAUAUAUCAAAUGUAUCAUGAAGGAGGACUAAGAACCUCUUGUGAAUUGACAACCCUGAUUGAAUUUGCAGGGAGUUGGUUUCUUGUUUAUUUAUGAUCUUUAUCUUCAGCUUUGAAGGUCCCCUGAAAAGCAGUUAACUUAGAAUGUAUUUUUACAUGGCGCUGGGGAUUAAACUAAUAAGAGUAUACUUAGGGUAUCUGGAUGCUUUAUUUGCCUAAUUGUGUGCUUUGUGAGGCUUGAAUUCUUGUUGCCUGUGCAAAGAGAAAGCCGGCACUGCACAGCUGUUGGUUUGCCUCUUCCUGAAAGCAAAACAGUGUUGCAGAUUGUACCCGCAUUCCCAUUAAUCUCUAACAGCAAUGACCAGAAUAAAUAAUGGUCAAGGUCCAGGUUAGCCCUUUGUUUGCAAGCUUGCGGUGGUGGUGGCAGCUGAUUCCCAGGAUAGAGCUGCUAUGGUCUGGGCAAUCGGUAAGCGUCAUAAAUGGUUGCUGAACUAUUCGUGAUUAUGUACUAUAGCCACGCAGAACAGCUUUAGUGUCUCAUUUCUCUUGAUUAUUUUUUUUUUUUUGGUUUAUCACACUGUAGUAACUUACAGAUGGCCUCUUAAAUAGAGGAACCGUGGAAUGUAUCUACUAGUGCUUACAGAUGAAGAGGCCUUUUGGGGACGGGGAGGGAAACUUAAAAAAAUUCUUGAUAUGUUAACUUUUAAUGUUGCUUGCAAAGCAUUUGAAAUGUAAAAAUACCAUUUUUUCAGUUUAGAGCAAUGUUCUAUAUAUCUGUAUCUGAUGCAAUAAAUGUUAGGCUCUGCCUGCAGACUUGUCAAAGGAAGAAGACUAUCUUAAAUAGGCUAGCUUUUAAAAAGUUAAAUUUUUCUAGCUAUGCUCAAGUUCCUGUUUCUUCUACUACUUUGUUGGGUUUUUUUUACCAUGGUGGCAGUGCUGGCUAUUCUGCUAUAUCAAAUAAAAAUGCAGAGACUCUUUUUAAAACAAAACAAAAAAACUACCAGACAAACCAAAAAACCUGACCUUUAAAUUCAUCGGUUGCUCCAGCUUUCCCCCCCGUUUUUUUCUUAACAUUUUUAGUUUUUAAAAAAGGAAUAUUAAAAAAUAACUCUUAAUUGCAAAUUUCAAGUUAUUCGUAAGUCACUUGUGUUAUUUGUUCAGAUUACUGAGUUUAAUUGAACUUUUUCUCUGAUUUACACUGAAAUAGUUAUUUCAGCUUGGAUCUUUUUUUCUCAUGAAAGACACUUGUAGCUUUUGAAACAGCUACAUCCCUGAGGAUCGCUUUUCUGCAGUUCUCUUGGAAAUGAAUAUUUAAAUCUGCUGGUGUCUAGACUGUAUUUAAACAUAUUUUACUGUUGGUGCAUGUGUGGUCCAACCCAAUAACAAAAAUUACUUACCAAAUGCAAGACAAAUCUUUAUGGUCCAGAUCAUCUGAAACAGAGAUACCCAAGAAAUUAAUUUCCACUGAAAUGUGAAAGAAAGGUCUGAAAUGGGAUAAAGGUCUUGCCUUGGGUUUUUGUGUGUGGUUUUUUUUUGUUUUGGUUGGGGUUUUUUUUGCCUGCCUCUGUUUAAGUCCUUCUACAAUACAGCAUAUUCAAAUUCCUUUGAUUUAGGGAUAAUGGGAGUAAUGGCAGAACUUUAUAAAAUGAGGGUUAGGAAAAUGCAGCUGUACUCUGCUUUUUUACCCCACUGUACUUUUUUUCUUUUAUUUUUUUAAUGAAUACUUUUAAUACUUUUCAAUGUCUGCCAAAUAAAUUUCAAAUAUAACCCAGCUGGGAUUCAGGGACAAGGUGAUGAGGUGUUAGAGGCCUGUGUAGUACCCGUGGGGAAAGCAUCCUUACUAUGUGAUUUACAUUGUUGCCAAAACCCAAACAAACAACAAAUCAGUUAUGUGAAAAUAAUCUUAGAGGAGAAAGAGUCUACUCAUUUUAGCUGAGCAAACCGUGGAGGUUUGUUUUUUUUUUUUUAAGGAAAAGCUUUAUUAAAAGAUCCAAUCUCAGCAUGUAAUUAUAUGUAUUUUAUAAUUUAUUGGUGGUUUAGCUUUGCUUACUCUAUUACACCACUGUAUUUACCAUUGGAGUAGCUACAAUUACAAAGUCUGUCUUCUUUCUUUCCUGGUAAAAUUUCUAGCUCACAUUAAAGUAAAAAGUCCUUUGUCCGCAGGGGUGUUGUGUGAGGUCCUGCUGGCAGGCAGCAGCCCGAGCACGCAGUGCUGUGGCAGCAGGGUCAGGCUGCACCAGGGAAUCACCAGGCCUCCAGAGCUCUCCCACCCCCUCCACGACUCGGUCCCUGCCCCUCUCGUGCCUGCGGGGAUGGCCGGGGUGUGAAGAACCGCAAAGGAUGACCUAGCACAGCUAGGGCUGGAGGGGGAGGACUCCUCACACUUUUCCCCGGCUCCGGCAUGGGUCCCUUCCAGAGGGUGCCAUCUUUAGGAACAGAGUGCUCCAGCCUGGAUCCCUUGCAGAGCCACAGCUCCUGCCAGCAAACCUGCUGCAGCCUGGGCUUCUCUCUCCAUGGGGUCACAAGUCCUGUCAGAAGCAGGCUCCAGUGUGGGCUGCCCACGGGGUCACAGCCUCCUUUGGGCAUCUCCCUGCUCUGGUGUGGGAUCCUCUACAAACUGCAGACAAAGAGACAGGCAAUAUUCGCCUUUGAAUGGGAAAGCCCCACCACUGGACGCAAAGCACAGCUUACCUGAACAGUGCUACCUCAAGAGUUCAAAACCAGUCCAACAAAAUUUGGCAACCAGUUGGCAAAAGAGCUGGAAUUAUGGAAGAAGGAAAACCCCAAAGGAACAAAACUGCAGUACGUAGAUGACGUUUUGUUGGCUGCAGAGACCCAGGGAGAGUGCAUGCAGUUUCUACAUGCCUGUUGAGUUUCUUAGGACAAGGAGGAUAUCGUGUAUCAAAAAGCAAAGCUCAGGUGGGAAAAGAGACUGUGAUUUAUUUAGGUUUUGAGAUUUCACAAGGACAAUGGAGACCAGGAGCCAACAGGAAAGAAGCGAUCUGCCAGACUCCGGGAGCAAGAACUGUACGGGAGCUCAGAGCGUGUUUGCUUAUGGUUGAGUGGUGCAUACUGUAGAUUCUCAACUAUGGACUAUUGGUAAAACCCCUUUAUGAAACCUUGAAGGGGUCAAAAGAGAACCAGCUGCUAUGGACCCCUGAAUGCCAAAUAGCCUUUAAGGGCUUAAAAAAGGCUCUGAUGUCAGCAUCUGCAUUGAGGCUGCCCAAUUUCUCUAAGCCCUUUGAGCUAUUUGUAUAUGAGCAACACCACCUUGCCCUCGUGUGCUGACUCAAAGACUGGGAACAUGGAGAAGAGCUGUGGGGUAUUUCUCCAAACAAUUGGACAAUGUAAGUAAAGGAUGGCCAGGAUAUUUGCGUGCUGUAGCUGUUCUUUUAAUCCAAGUUAGAAAAUCAACAAUAGGACAAAGAAUCAUGGUGUAUGUUCUGCAUAUGGUGAUUUCGGUCUUGGAGCAAAACGGGGGGGCAUUGGCUGUCUCCAGGCUGCCUGCUUAAAUAUCUCCUGGUAUCGGUUGACACCUCCUGAGGGUGGCUGGAAGCUUUCCCCUGUUGCACCAGCAAAGCCAGGGAAGUCACUAAGCUAUUACUCAAAGCAAUAGUACCAAGGUUUGGGGUACCGAUGGGAAUGUCCUCUGAUCCAGGCCUGCAUUUUGUGGCAGAUUUUGUCCAGCAGUUAAGUAAAACCCGUGGUAUCAAGUGGGAUUUACAUACCCCAUGGAGGCCUCAGUCAAGCAGGAAGGUAGAAAGAAUGAAUCAAACCCUGAAACAGCAGAUCAGUAAAAUAUGUCAAGAAUCUUUAAAGUGUCCACGAGUCCUCCCACUAGCCCUUUUGAGAAUCAGAAUACCACCAAUGUCAAGGAGUAAAAUUAGCCUUUAAGAGGUGUUCUAUAGAAAUCCAUACCAAGUGCCACUGAUUCCAGGGGAAUUGCAUGUAAAGGGAAAAAAGGAUUUAAAGUUAGAUCUGAUUUCUCUAGGGAAAAUCCUUGUGGCUCUCCAACAACACAUUGUUUUGACAGGGCCACUCACAUUGGACACUCCUAUCCAUCAGUAUCAACCAGGAGACUAUGUGUGUAUAAAACCAUGGAACUCCAAACCUCUGCAAGAAAAACAGAAAGGACCCUUUCAGGUACUCCUGACAACCUGCACUGCAAUCAAGGUAGGAGGAAUCGAAUCCUGGAAUUAUUACACCGAAGUAAAACCAGCAUCAGUGCUGCUGAGAGAAGAACCUCAGUGGAAGGACAUUUCGGCAGAUAAAGAUCCAAAAAUCAAUGUGACUGUUAGUUGACAAACUGAAAGUGUUUUGGUUGGGAUAGCCAUGAUGUUCACCAACUGCUUAGCACGUCAGGGGACUAGUCAUGACAACCUUUAUGAGGAAGUGAAGAUACAAUUAGCCAAGAAACUCAAUGUAACAUGGUUGGAUGUGUUCACAGGUAAUGUUAGGCGGAACAGGAUUCUCCUAUGACCCUGUUCCUCUAGGGCAGCCAGAGUAUUCUGUCUUAAUGAAGUAGGAUAACUUAAUGAUACUACAGCAAGAAAAUAUUACCAAGGUGGACUUACUAGCUUCUAAUUGUACAUUAGAAAAAGAUAAUAGUGUGAUCUCAAGAGGUUGGCCUAUGCAAAGAUAUCCCUUAAGAAUAGGGGAGAGACCAAAAGCCAUCAAUUUAGGAAAAGCAAAAGACUGGUUGCUCUGUUGCAAUAUGACAAAGAAUACUUCCACACCACGUUUUCAAGCCAGAAAUAGUAAGUGUAGGUAUUACAUUUCUUCUACACAGAACGCCCCUGUACCAUUCAUCUUUUCAAAUGGAACAUCGAGCAGAACCUGAUAGCUUUCAAACUCUAUUUGGGGUCUGUUACAAAAUAAUACAAUAGCUUGGGAAGGUAACUUUAAUGGUACAUAUUGGAUUUGUGGGAAAAAGGUGUAUUGAUGGUUGCCUGGGGGAUGGUACAGGUCUUGCUUUCUAGGCUUAUUGAUGCCUCCAUUUAGAGUAUUACAGCAACUCCCAACAGGACAACCACGCUGGAGGAGAGAGGUAAAUUUGAAAAACAGGCCUGUGGUAUCAGAAGGGCAAAGGUUCUUCUUUACACUAUGCCCUACGCGUGCAGCUGCGUCCUAUGGAACUAAGAUAAAUCGACUCCGCAGUUUGCUAGAAGAAGUAGCUACUGAUACCAUUAAAGUAUUGAACAGUACAUCGUAUGAAAUGGCCCAAAAUAGAAUGGCGAAUGUACAAAAUCAUAUGGCUGUAAUUAUGUGCGAGCUAGUCAAGGAGGAUCUUGGGCUCUUCUAGGACAAGAAUGUUGUACAUCUAUAAAUGAUGGAUUUGAGACACAGCAGAAAGGGAUAAACUCAAUUGAGAGGGCAGUGGAAGAGUAGGAAAGGCAAAAGGAGUCCUCUUCGUCGUGGUGGAGUUGGUUGACUUCAUGGCUACCAAACCUGACUUAGGUAAACAAAUUAUUUGUAACAGUUAUAGUCAUGGUUGUUAAAUAUAUUUUGUGCUAUAUCAUU